GUCCCUCAGCGGCCCCUGGAGCAGCGCGCCCCGUCCUUCCCCUCGCUGCCCCCCACCCCCGAGGCCGGAGCCCUUGAUGUGGUUCGGGGCCCGGCGGGGACAAGAUGCCGCCGUCCAAGUCCCGUAAGAUCGCCAUCCUGGGCUACAGGAGCGUGGGGAAAUCAUCUUUAACUAUUCAGUUUGUGGAAGGCCAAUUUGUUGAUUCAUAUGAUCCUACCAUAGAAAACACAUUCACAAAGCUGAUUACAGUAAAUGGGCAAGAAUAUCACCUUCAGGUAGUUGACACAGCUGGCCAGGAUGAAUACUCAAUAUUUCCUCAAACGUAUUCCAUAGACAUUAAUGGAUACAUUCUUGUUUACUCUGUCACAUCAAUAAAAAGUUUUGAAGUGAUUAAAGUUAUCCAUGGCAAGUUAUUGGAUAUGGUGGGAAAAGUCCAGAUCCCCAUUAUGUUGGUUGGAAAUAAAAAAGACCUGCAUAUGGAACGGGUGAUCAGCUAUGAAGAAGGGAAAGCUUUAGCUGAAUCCUGGAAUGCAGCUUUCUUGGAAUCUUCUGCUAAAGAAAACCAGACUGCUGUCGAUGUUUUCAGGAGGAUAAUUUUGGAAGCAGAGAAAAUUGAUGGAGCAUCUUCACAAGGGAAGUCUUCAUGCUCAGUGAUGUGAUUGCACAGCGGAGGCUGAAGACUGGGAAUAUGUUGUUCUACCUAAAGAAGCAAACUGCCUGUUCCCCUCACAGCGAAACUACGCUUUUUCUUCUUCUGUUAACCUGAACAAUAUACAGUCAGUUGGAGACUUUCCCCUUCAGAUUAUGUUAAACUCUGACUCCUGUGCAAAAAAAAAGGCUUCACUUCCAUUUUCAAAUUUUAAGCAAUCAUAUUUUCAAUUUAUAUAUUGUAUUUCUUAAUAUUAUGACCAAGAAUUUUAUUGGCAUUAAUUUUUCAGUGUAGUUGGGUUAGAAUAAUCAUUCAGACGAUGCAUAUUGUUACACUACUAUUAACUAGGCUUGAAUAUCAGUGUUUCUUUGUGUUAAAUGUAUACUUGUAAAUAAAAUAGCUGCAAACCUU